AUAGCAUGUGUGGGGUGAGAGAGGAAGGAUAGAGACUUGAAAGAGAGUCAGAACCAAUGAAAGAGAGAUGCCAUUUCUUGGCAUGUUGAGAAAGAGAGAGUAAGACAGACAGACAAUAAGAGAGAGAAAGGGAAAAACAAGGCAAGAAUUGGGGACACGAGGUAAUUUUUAGAACAUCUUAGCAUAUAACACUUAUUGGAGUGGAAGCCCAUUGAAACAGAGCUACAGCCAAUCUCCCACACCCAUAAUGUCAAUUCCUGUAGACUUUCUGUCGGAGGAGCAGUUCUCCUGCUCCAUCUGCCUGGAUGUCUUCAACAACCCUGUGUCCACCCCUUGCGGCCACAGCUUCUGCCUGGCCUGCAUCACCUUGUACUGGGACAGCCGGAGCAAGGCGUGCAUCUGUCCCCUCUGCAAGGAGAGCUUCCGCAAGCGGCCCGAGCUCCACACUAACCACACUCUCAAAGAGAUCACCGAGCAGUUUAAGCGCAUGGCAGAGACUGGAGGUGCGGUUGCGAACACUCAAGCACCCUCCAACUCUGAGCAGAGACCUAGUGCCCCGCCUCGACCAGGAGAGCUGCCUGGAGGACUGCUGACAGAGAUGAAGACCAGGUUCCAGAGAACAUCUUCCAGUGGGAACUUGCUAGCAUCGCCGCCACCAUAUGAGGCUUGUCAGAGGCGGUUCAGCACCAGUACAGGGGUCAGUACAGGUGGCUCAUGUGGACCACCAUGUGCCAGGCAUGGACUGUGCCUAGAUAUGUUCUGCAGAAAUGAUCAAACGUGUGUGUGUGCAAUGUGCGUUGAGGGAGAACAUCAUGGACAUUCCGUGAUCCCAGCUAAACGAGAGAUGAAUAUUAAGAAGUCUCAGUUGGGGAUCAUAGGGACGGAGCUGCAGGUUUUAAUCACGGCCAGAGAAAAGAAGAUAGAGGAAAUUCAAACUUCACUGGCAGACAUUCAAGCAAAUGCACAGCAGGAGGCAGAGGUCACAGUCAGUAUGUUUCGUAUCCUACUCAGUACCAUGGAAAAGUGUCAGGCCGAGCUUCUGGAGGUGGUGCAGAUUGGCCGCAGGGCCGCAGAACUGCGUGCACAGGCCCUCGUGCGGGACAUUCAGCAGGAGAUAGAUGAAUUGACAAAGAGGAACUGUGCCCUCACCGAGCUCACACAGGCCACAGACUACAUCAGCUUCUUCAAGACCUAUUCUUCCCUGUGUAGUGUUCCUCAAGUGAAGAAUUGGACAGAGGUGACCUUGACCCCUGAUCCCACAGCAGGAGCGGUGCUGAGGAAUGCCACUCAAAUGGUGGAAAGCCUCCAGGAGGAGCUGAAGAGGCUGCCACAGCUAUGUUUGCAGACACCCACAGAUGCACCAGCUAAAUAUUAUCCAAAAGUGCGGAAUGUGCAAGAAUACAUAUUGGAUGUGACUCUGGAUCAAGACUCCGCCCAUCCACGGCUGGUUAUCUCAGAGGACUGUAAGCAAGUGUACUGUAGUGAACGCUACCAUGCUGUAGUGGACACUCCUGAACGCUUUGACCGUGUGGUGUGCGUACUGGGACGCCAAGGCUUCAACUCUGGUCGGCAUUACUGGGAGGUCCAAGUGGGAGGGAAGACGGAUUGGGAUUUGGGCGUGGCCAAGCGCUCCAUCAACCGAAAAGGGAAGAUCUCUGUCAGCCCAGCCAAUGGCUACUGGUUUCUGAGCUUACGCGACAAUAAAGAAUACGCCUUUCGCUCUGAUCCACCUACACCAAUAGCUUUAAACCAAAAGCCUCAGAAGAUUGGUAUCUAUGUUGACUUUGAGAAGGGCCAAGUGUCCUUCUAUAAUGUAGAUGCCAAGAUUCUUAUUUUCACCUACAUGGACAUCUUUACUGACAUUCUACAUCCCUUCUUUAGUCCCUGCACGAACAAGUCAGGCAGAAAUGUGGAGCCCCUCAUCAUAUGUCCCAUCAAUCCAGCUAGCUGAGGCACAUAUAAAUGCAGCACAUCAAGAGAAAACUGUUGUCUCAGUCACUUAGAGCAGAAUUAACUUUUGAUAUACACUCACCAAGCACUUUAUUAGGAACACCUGUACAUCCAUAUUCGUACAAUUAUCUAAUCAGCCAAUCAUGUGGCAGCAGUGCAGUGCUAGAUAUGUAGAUAUGGCCCAUCGGCUUCAGGUAAUUUUAGUUAAAUUUCUAUAACUGCUGAUCUCCUGGGAUUUUUAUGUACAACAGUCUCUAGAGUUUACUCAGAAUGGUGCAAUAAAGAAAAAACAUCCAGUGAGUGGUCAGAAAUGCCUUAUUAAUGUGAGUUAAAGUUAAAGCAGAAUGGCCUGACUGGUUCAAGCUGACUCAGAUAACCAUUCUGUACACUUUACAAGACAUUGAAUGGUGAGGUGGAUGGGCUAUAACUGCAGAGGCCUACGAAGGGUCCACUUGUGUCAGCCAAGAACAGAAAGAUGAGGCUGCAGUGGGCACAGGCUCACCGAAACUGGACAGUUGAGGACUGGAAAAAUAUAGCGUGGUCUAAGGAAUCUUGAUUUUUGUUGAGGCACAAAGAUGAUAAGGUCAGAGUUUGGCUCCAGUAGCCUGAAUUCAUGGACCCAACCUGUCUUGUGUCGACGGUCCAGGCUAGUGCAGGCGGUGUAUUGUUGUGAGGAAUGUUUUCUUGGCACACUUUGUGCCCAUUAAUACCAAUGAGACAUUGCUUGAAUGCCACAGCCUAUCUGAGUAUUGUUGCUGGCCAUGUGCAUCCAUUCAUGGCCACAUCUUUUAAUGGCUACUUCAUGAUAAUGUAGAAAGUCACAAAGCAAAAUUAAUCUAAAAAUGGUUUCUUGAAUAUAACCUUCCCGGCCACCAGAACUCAAUCCAAUAGAACACAUUAGGAAUAUGGUAGAACAGGAGAUUCACAGCAUAGCAGUAGCAGACUGCUACUGAGAAAUCUGCAGGAAUUGCAUGUUUCCAACUGAGGGUAUUUAAGAACAAAGGGAGGCCCUACCUAACGUCAGUACAGUGUUUCUGAUAAAGUGCCCAGUAAGUGUAUGCAGAUCUUCUGCCAUCUCAGCACAAUUUUUUUAAAAUGAGGAAACGUUUACAAGAGUGUAACAGUUUAAGAGAUAAAGAAAAGUUUGUUCUGUAAAUUGAAAUAUGCCAUAAAACCACACAUCAUAAGUGACAGUUAAUUUUUACUAAAAAGCAAUAUGCUUAACAAUAGCAGUUUUAGCAAUGUACAAAUGGCUGACAGAAAAUGCAAAAAGUAGCUGAUUUGUUUACAAAGUAGGGUCAAAAGGAACUGCCUAGUUUUGUACAUUUUACUUACGUAAUAACACUCUUAUGUCAUUGCCCCUGUGUUUGGAAGGACGUAUGUUACGAAAGACCAAAUAUCUUCUUUUUCAUCACAACUACUAGCUACUUAUGCAGCAAAGCGGAGAACUGUCAGGUUUGGAGCAGCAGACCUGUUUUAUAAAAUCUGUUUUAUAGACAUAAUGUGUCUACUGUUAGACAAAGUACUUGCAUUGACAAAAUACAGCAACAAACGUGUGUGAAUAUGUUGGCCGUUAAAGCAAGAAUUGUGUUGAUUGCCUAUUUAAAGCAUUUUGGGAACUCUUCAGACCAAUAUUGUCUACAUUCUCUACUUCUAUCUCUGGGUUGUGUAAUUUAGUUAUUCUUUACUGUCCAAGCACUGUGUUUCUGUCUGUGUAUCUGCAUGUUUUGUUUAAGAAAUCACAAUUUUUAGAGUGAUAAACAGACCUUACAGUUUGUAGCCUCAUAAUUUACCUGACGUGUGGUGAAGAACUUUGUUAAAAUAUGAAAGGCAUGUCAUGUGUCCAAAUAACAUUAAACUUUAUGUUUGAGAGCUUAAAAUUAAAUGAGACAAGCUAACAAAAAGGCCACGCCAUUACUGCGGUUAAAUUUUCUGUGUUGACUCUCUAUGUUGUAAAAAGUCAGAGUCAGUUCAAAAAAGUCGCUGUUUUAGGAGAGCUAGGGGAAAAUCAAGCUCUGCUUUUCAGGUCUGAAAAAUCCUUCCGCUGUAAGAAGACAGCUCAACACUGUGGG